CGACGGCAACCCAUCAGAGAUAGUUGUGUGGCGUUGCAAAUUGACACACAAAACGCCAACAGUGCGUUGUUGUUAAGUUUUUAAGUGCUAUACAACCGUGCAAUCGCUCGAGUUCUCGCGAGAUGAAGAUCUUGUUAGUUGUCGCUUGUAGCGUGCUGGUCGGCCUGGCCGGAGCACAACAAUACCAGGAUGAGGGAUUUCUUCUGCCUCAACCGCGGAAUAAUGCGCUGAACGAACUGAUCAUCAAGUUUCUGGAGGACUUCCGUCAGUCGAUGGUUUGUCCCAAUCCGGCUCUCGGUAUUCCCGUACUGGCUCCGUUUGAGCUAGAACAUGUCGAAAUGGAGCUGAAGGAUAGGCUUAUCCAAUUCAAGGGAGAGCUUAACAAAGUGGUCGUUGAUGGAUUGAACGAGUUUGAAAUCGUAAAGAUCGACGUCAAGCCACUUAAACUGCGAGUGGACUUUGAGCUCUUCUUCGGUGCGCUGCGUACCAAGGGAAAGUACAAGACGAAGCUGAAGCUGAUCGGUGUACUCCCCGUCAACCGUUUCGGCUCGUUCCGCUUCGAUUUGAAAGGACUCACGGUAAAGGGCGGCGCAUCGGUUGCGAUCAGUGGAGACAAACUGCAGGUUCGCGAUUUGGUCAUCACCCCAACGCUCAAGUCGGUACGCUCGGAUGUGAGGGGCAUAUUCUUGAAUCCGGUGGCAAGCUUCGCCUUCAACCGCAUGGUUGAGCUGGCUGUGCCCGGUCUGAUCAACAACAAUCAGCAGGCAAUAACGCAGGCGAUCGAGCAGCAGCUCAAACCGGCCAUCAAUGAAAUGUUGGGCGACAUUUCGCUACAGGAUCUGAUUGACAUGAUUACCAGUGGAGGCGAAGGUGGUCCGGUUACCUGCUAGAGUGCACCGGAUAGGAGUAGCGACACUCCGUACCGUUUGCUGUGUGCCAUGUUUACCUAAAUCGUAUCGAUUAUUGUACUGAUAGAGCAAUCGCUUAUCCAAUUCGCAAAGGCUGUGUAGAUGUAUAUUGCAAAAAUUAUAACCAAUUGUUAAUGGAAAAUUAAAAGCAAUGACUGUGUGCUUCCUCCAAGGAA